GGAUCGAACCGCCCACCUCUACCUCUCGGAGACACUGUCAUCUCAGAAUGCAGUGUGGUCCACCAGGACACCAUCAGAACCUUUCAACGCGGAACACUCCUUUUCCUCCUCCUCCUCCUCUUCCUCCUCGAGACACUCCUCGUCUUUUUCCGUGCGCGUGUGUAGGAAUGAUCUGAUGAUGAAGAUGAUGUCCGUCGUGUCUACUGUGGAGAAUCUUCCUACACGCACGGAGAGUCCUGCAUCCAACAUCUUCCAACGCUUCAAGAACAUCUUCAGCAGAGACCUGCUGGUGACUUUGGCCUUGGGUCAAGUACUGUCCUUGUUGAUCUGUGCCAUCGGCCUGACCAGCAAGUACCUGGCUGAUGACUUCCACGCCAACACACCCGUCUUCCAGAGCUUUCUCAACUACAUCCUCCUCUUCCUGGUCUACACCACCACACUGGCAGUCAGGCAAGGUGAAGGCAACUUGUUGGCCAUCUUGAAGCAGCGCUGGUGGAAGUACAUGAUUCUUGGCUUCAUUGACAUCGAGGCCAACUACCUGAUGCUAAAAGCUUACCAGUACACCACACUGUCCAGUGUUCAGCUGUUAGACUGCUUUGUGGUCCCAGUGGUUUUGCUGCUGUCCUGGUUCUUUCUGUUAGUGAGGUACAAGGCUGUGCACAUUGUGGGCAUGUUGCUGUGUCUGCUGGGGGUGGGCUGCAUGGUGGGGGCUGACAUCCUGCUUGGCCGCCAGCAGGGCCUCGGUGAGCAAAAGCUGUUUGGAAAUCUUUUAGUUUUGGGGGGAGCAACCUUGUACGGCAUCUCCAACGUCUGUGAGGAAUUCAUUGUGAAGAAUCUGAGUCGGGUGGAGUUCCUGGGCAUGAUGGGUCUCUUCGGAUCAUUUUUCUGCGGCAUCCAACUGGCUAUAAUGGAACACAAGGAGUUGCUGAAGGUGCCAUGGGACUGGCAGUUAGGUCUUCUCUAUGUGGGCUUUAGUGUCUUCAUGUUCAGCCUCUACAGCUUCAUGCCACUGGUGAUGAAGAGAACGAGUGCCACCUCAGUCAGUCUCUCUUUGCUCACAGCUGACCUGUACAGUCUCUUCUGUGGUCUCUUCCUCCUUCAUUACAAGUUCUCUUGCCUCUAUUUGUUAUCAUUCUUCAUCAUCAUCUUGGGCCUUGUGGUUUAUUCCUCUGCAUCCACAUAUAUGGUCCAGGACCCGCGCGUCUACAAGCAGUUCAGGAACACAAUCAACCAGUCAGCCAGUGACCCACUCCAGCCUAGUCAUGGUGUCCUGGAACCCUCUGUAACCUACACCAGCCUGAGCCCCGAGUCAGGGGAGGAGUCCGGUUUACGCGUCAUUUAAAAUGAUCUAUGACUUUUUUUACUGUGGGAGCUUAGUGCUGUUUUCACCCAAAGUUUUGUACAAAGAACUGUCUCCAGUCUGUUGAGCAGGUAAAACUGUGUGGUGACUGACUCCAUGGAGGUCCAUGUAUAGAUUUGGCUGAAACCACGGAUGAGAUUUAUAUGUCUGCGUCCAAGUUCCCAUGAGAAUAUGUACCUAAAAAUGAAGUGACUGAAUGUUAGAAACCGAGACUAGCCUGUACUGUGGUGACUGUAAAUGAUGAAUGUAUACUUUGGGGGAAACAAGUAUUUUUAUCCCCUGCUGAUUUGCCACUUACAAUUUCUGAACAGUACAUCGUUUUUAUGCUAGCUUUAUUGUAACAGAGAGAAGACUCUAAAAUAUAUAUACAGUAAUCCCUCGUUUAUUGAUCAAUUGGUUCCAGACCUGAAUGUGAUAAGUGAAUUUCUGCAAAGUUGGAUUGGAUUGGAUGGAAAAUUUGGGGAAUUAGAGAAUGGCAAACCCAUUUACAACCUUCUAAAUAUGUUUUUUUUAACAUUAUUAGAGCCCUCUAGACAUGAAAUAACACCCCUAUAGUCAUCUUUACACUACUAUUACCCAAUAUAGUAGACAUAAUCAGAGAAAAUCAAACAUUUAAGGCAUAAAUAAGACUCGUGCUUGUGUGUUGCUGUAAAUGUGUUCUGGUGUUGAACAGGAAGUGAUGUCUGGGGUUCAGAAUUGAGUUUUACAGCUGCAACAGUAGUUGUGUUUUGGAUUAUUGUUCCUGUGGUGAGAUCAUUCAAAUCUGCAAUAAAAGCUGUUGUUCCGGUGAUCAAUGCUUGUGUGUCGCACCCAACAUUACAGUAACAUUGACACCCAGUGACCGGUGUAGAAUAUUACAUACUUUAUCAUUAUGUCUUUGAAUGCGUCUUCUGAAUGCCUUAUAUUUGUAUUUUACUUAUUAAUUUACAAAAAUACAUAACAUUUGCUUAAAUAUGCAUAAUUUGACUAAUAGGCCAUAUUCAACCACUAAACAGCAUGAUUUAUUCAUGAAUAUAUUUUUGAAAAACGCUGAUAGCGUGAAGCCGUGAAAUUCAAACUGUGAAGUGGCGAGGGAUAACGGUAUAUAUAUUAAACAAAGGUUAUAAAGUCAUUUGUAUUAGAUUGGGGUAAAUAAUAGGGAUGAGCCGGAUACUCCUUAUAGACGUCCCAAUAUCCUGGCAAUUUUGGCAAUUUCAGGAGUGCUGCAUGCCUAUGAAAGAUGUUUUACAGUUCUUGACUUUUCAGAGUCUCUUAGAGUCUGGGCCAUUUUGAAUCUUCCGUUGUAAUCACAAAAGGGGAAAUGUCAUUCCUAAUUGUAGCCUGUUGAACACACUGUGGUGUGAUGCAAUAUUGUACAGUAGUUGUAAACCUCUACUUCUCUCUUGUUACGUUACAAUACAUUGAUUUAUUCUGGUGAAGGCAAAGCACCAUCAGUUCCCUUUCAGUCACAGAGUAGAGAGUCGAGAGUAAUUGCCUCAUUUACAGAACAAUGGUGACAAGGUGCGCUUACCUUCACACAGUUAGGAUAUUAGUUCAAAACUAAUCCAGCCACUUAGCUGUCGUUUGGGUAUGAAAGUUAGCAAAGCCAAAUGGCUGGGCUGUGGGACUUCUUGUGUUAAGGCAAGGCAAGUUUAUGUGUAGAUCACAAUUCGUACACAAGGUAAUUGAAAAUGCUUUACAGAAAAGAAGGGUAAAAUAAUUUUAAAAAAUCAUUCCAUUAAACAUAAAAUCAUUCCAGAAUCAUUCCAUAAAAUUCCAUUGGCCUUCUGCCUUUUCUUUUUUUGUUUGUGCUAGCAUCCUGCUACGUUUUACUAUCUAGCCCUGUUGGCUCCACCCGUCGCCCUUUUUAACUAGCAUUUUGCUGCGCAAACAAUAUCGUGUUUGAAACUUUUUCCUUUUUGGACUCUAUUUUUGGUUGUACUUUUUCCUGUGUGGGACUUUGAGUUUUGCCACUUACACCUUGAAUAAAGACUUUGUUUUUUUGCUGCACGCACCUCUGUCUUCAUGUCCGCACCAAACCUAACAGUUGAGGAUUGUCGAUUAACUGCAAUAAACGAGGGGUUGGUUACUCAUGGCUUUCACUGUUUGCAUGAGUGACAGAAAAUACGAAAAAAUGUUCAUGAUAUUCUUAUUUUUGUAAUGUGCCUGUAUUUUAACGGAUCCUCGAUGUGUUUUUUGUCACCUGCUGAAAUUCAACAAUCAAUCGUUGACUUGAUGGCGCUGUCUGCAGGGGAAAAUACAGCAGCUAUGAAUCCAGCAGAAGGCGCUGUCUCACAAGCAAAGUCACUCAAUAUUUUCCGGCAGAACGACAACUGCACAUUUGAGGGGCACAUCUACAGUUUACAAUACCCAGAAGAAGCAUUUUUAGGUCUUUUUAUGGGUGCAUCCCUUCUUCAGCUGGUGGUCUUGGGAUGUGACCCUACGAAUAGAAAUGAUCUACUCUACUGGACAAAGUUUAAAUGUUGAAUACUCGCACACAAAUACAAACUACAGUAUCUCACAGAAGUACAGCGCUUGCAUUUUAUUAGCCUCAAGGGAUAAUAGAGAAGACUUACCGCUUGCAACCUCAGCAGCAGAGGCGCACUGCGUGAGGCCUUGCUUAUGCAAUCUAACCGCGUUCAAAGAGAGAAAGCUUUUUUGCGUUUGCCAACAAACGAUCACGACAGGGUGGAUACAUGACAGAAAAUGACAUUCAAGCCACAUUUUUGCCAAGAUUUGGCCUUUUAAAGGCUGUGGUCUUAAACUUUUGAUCAGCUGAUGACCCUAUUUCAUUUUAAUGCUUCUUUGCAAUAAAUUGCUGACUCAAAAAUGGUUUUGUCUCACUCCCAUUUCUUCUUUUUGCAUUUUGAAUCUCUGCUCCUCCUGAAGAUCCAACAGUGCAAAAUGUAAAUUCUUGAAAUUUUUUCAACUGGUCUUGAAAUUUUGACCAGGAUUAUUACUCUCCUUACCCUUUUUGGUCCCACUGACUCCAACUGUAACCACAGUUUUUUUUAAAGUUGUAAAAUGUUUUAAAAAUUCUGCUGUAAAAAUAAUCAUAACCAAUUAUUUACCUAGUCGAGACUGGAAAAUAUUUUGGGAGAAUAUAGCAUAUUUUUGUGCUUUUUCCUAUUUUAAAAAAUCAGGUGAACUUCUCAAGCAAAAACGUGUAUAUUUUUGAAAUUAUAAUAAAAAAAAACAUGGCCUGAAGUUGUUAAAAAGAAUAAAACAAAAGUGAAAAAAGUAUGGGGACUGUUUGGGGACCUAUGGGUAAAAGGUGAAACUUUUUUUUUUAAGGAGCCUAGGCUCCUUAAAAAGGUAAAAUGUUCAUUUCUCCACUUUAUUUCUCAUUUAUAUGUAUUUCAUAUUGUUUCUUGGAUGUAAAACCAUUUUCUGUAAAAUGUGUUUUGUGUGCAGAACUUUUAUGAACUUGAUUGAACUGUACCAGUGAGUUUAGUGUUCU